GUCAUGUCGUGCCCUGCCAUACAGUAGCUGAGAGCCAGCAGCGCUGUUCGCACUGGCAGGUGGCAUCUUCUUGAUCUAAGAUGCAGCAAUCUUUGAGAAACGUCUUACCGCCAAGGACGAAAGUCUCACUUUCCGGAGCAUCGUCAUCAUCACUACGGAAAUCCCUCAUCGACUCACAGAAUGAGACCCCUUGGACGGCCCCAUCUCUACCUGCAUCGAUACAUCUCAGGUUCAGUGAACCCACAGAUUCCGCAACCCAUAUAGCAUUGACAUUCCAGGGUGGUUUUGUCGGAACCAAAGCUUCAUUAUAUCUCGCGAGCAGAGGGCAGGACGGACGACAGGCAGACCAGCCAGGUCUAGAGUUGGGCGGAAAGAUAUACCCAGAAGACAAGAACAAGCGGCAGAUCUUCCAGAUCCCUUACCUAUCAACGACAAACAAUACAACCUCGUUGACAGAGCUAAAAAUCGAAUUCGAGACGUCGAGCGAUCAAUAUGGGAGAAUAACACUGUACUCGGUAGAGCUAUUGGGGUGAAUACGUAGAGCAUCAGCAACAUCAAGUAUAAUGUAUCGGUGUGCCCCU